CGUGUGAGCAGCUCGAACGACUGCGGUGGGAGUAGCUGAAGUGGGAACAUGAAGGCUGCUCUUAGGGUGCUUUUGCCGUGCCUGGUGCUGUUGCUCCCCUCUGCAGCGCUUCCGAGAAAGGGGAGCACGGGGGAAAGGAUUUCCCCGAUUAACCGGCUGGAGCUGAGCCUGCCGGAGGAGCUGGGACUUGAAGCAGAGGAGAGAAAGAGAGAAAACGCAAGUUUACAGGAAAGAGCGAGACCCAGCUCAGCAGCAAGAUCAAGGAUGACUGCUGCUACUCGCCUCUUUUUGAAGCCUGACCCAGGAGCAAAAUGCCUCCAGGGGAUGGCUGAGGAUGGGGGCAUCGGCUGGUCCGGCUCCAGCCUGCACCCGUGGCCGCUCGGGGGGCUGGAAGGGCCCGUGUGCAGGGUGAAAAUGGACCAGGACGGGCUGACCCCGAGGCACCUGGAAGUUGUGGGUGUUCUCACCCACUACGAAAGCAGCUUCGUUAAGCUGUUGAGACAACACACCAGCUGGGACGAAAGCUAUCUCGAGACCUUCGGGCUCUGCCCGGCCGGGGAGGCGGGUGCCGCUCUCCAUCCCCUGAAGCACAUCCACGCGCACGUGGUGGAGCCGGGGCAGGACCGCUUCCUCGUGCUGCAUCUGGAGGAAGUGAAGUGGGAAGCCCAGGCGAAGCUGUGGUUCAAGCUGGUUUUCCAGGCAGAGGUGGGCCGGUCGCUGGGAGAGCUGCGGGUCGCCUUGCUGCUCUUCUACCUGGGCAGCCGAGAGGGGCCGGGCGCCGGGCACCGAGAGGAGCUGCUGGCCACCGGCACGGGGCUGGUGCGGGAGCAGAGCCUCUGCCUCACCAGGGACACCCAGUACCUGGUCCUGGGAGCCACUGUAGCAUCCGUCACCCGCACCAGCGAGCAGCUCAGCUUCGAGGCUUCCCUGGCGAUCAGGCAUCGCGGAGAGGGAGGUGCCCCCCUGCCCCCCACGGAAACCCAGCAGCUCCUUUUCGGCUCCGAUGACAAAUGCUUCACCAGGAUGACCCCCGUGCUGCUCCUGCUGGCCAAGUCACGGCAGGAGGAGGAGGAGGAGGCAGCUUUGGCCCCUUCUUCCUACCUCUCUGCUGACGGAGUGGUGGACAUGGCUCCGUACCCGCAGCUCAGCCCACCCCAGGCCGCGACCAAGGAGCUGCCGUCCCCCACCGCUCCGAGCCAAGCCAACACUUCGUCCCCGGUGCCCGGCGGCAGCAGCCAGUUCCUGGGCAUCCUGACCCGAUUCAUCCGCCAGGUCCUGAGUCCCGCCAGCGAGCCGCCCACCCAGCCCAGCUCCCACCACUGGCUGGACUUCCAGGUGAUGGAGACCCUCCCUCACCAGCGGCUCAACCUGUCGGAGGAGGCAGCGCUGGAGCGUCUGGUGCAGUCAGAGGAGCCCUCGGUGCUGCUUUUCCCCCAGGACAGCGGAGCUGUGCUGGAGCAGCACUUGGGGGACUGGCAGCCGGAGGGAACUGUGCUGCAGCUGCUGAUGGGCAAGCUGCAGGCAGUGAUCCAGGAGCUGAAGGACAUCCCAGCUUUCCAAGCCAACAUGGGGCUUUUCCAGCAUCUCCUGAGCUUCUGCUACUACCCGCCGGGGCCAGGCGAGGGUCAAGCUGGUGAGCGGCCGCCCGGCUCUGGGAAGCUGCAUGCGCUGCUGCUGCUGAAGGCAUUGCAGACGGUGCGGGCGCGUUGGCAGGAGCAGAGGAAGGUGCUGCGGCAGAACCGCAGCGCACGGCACCAGGCCCACUGCCGCCUGCAGGAGCUGACCAUCGACCUGCACGACCGCAAGUUCAUCGUCAUGCCCACCGUCUACGCAGCCAACAACUGCGAGGGUCCCUGCAAGCUGCCCCUCUCCACCCGCGUCCCCAGCUACUACUCGCACACGGUGCUACUGCUGGGCAUGCAGGAGCGGGGCUCGCCCCUCCAGCGGGCUCCCUGCUGUGUGCCCGUCCGCUACUCGGACCAGCUCAUCAUCAGCCUCUCCACGGAGGGGCUGGAGGUCCGCAAGUUCCCCAACAUGGUGGCAGAGGAGUGUGGCUGUCGGUAGAGGCUCCUGCCCACCUCCUCACUCGCCCUUAUCCCAUUCCCCCCCUCCCAGUUUGCCCUUGCAGCUCUGGAGCUGGUGCUUCUCGCUGAGAUGGGAGCUCCCCGCAUGUCCUUUCCCCACGGUUUGGCUUGUUAGCGUCACUCUGGUUCUGGGUUUGUCUGUAGCCAUGCCAGUCCCUGGGGGGCUGCUCUGCAGCCCAGCGUUUCCCUGUGCCCGCUCCUGAUGCUGGGGAUGCCCGAGGUGCCUGCGGGGCCGUGCUGCAACGUGGCUCUGACCCUGCAGCGGGGCUUGAGCUGGAUACGGGUGCUGCGGGGCCAUCGUGGGAGGGCAAGGCUUGGCAGAUCCAGCCAGGACUACGCUUAUUUAUCCCUUGCCUUCUGUUCCCGUAGCAGCUAGGCAGGGCAGUUGUUGCUUCCUCCAAGCCCCCUCCCCACUCGCAGCAUCCUCUGGCCGUUUCCCAGCCCACGGCCCAUCACUAAGCCCCCACCGGGAACACGGCUCCACCUGCGAAAGCAGAACAAGAGGCAAAAUCCCCUUGCAGGGACCAGCCUUUAUCUGGGGACCCAUCCCCAUGUGAGCCAGGGGCCACGGACAGCCGCUGGCAGUGGCUUGGGGCUCCCCGCUGGGUCACGCCUGCAUCGCCCCACGCUGCCCCUGCUCCUGGGACGCUGCCAGAGCCGGGGGGAGCGAGGGGAGGGAGGGAGGGUUGAGAGAGGGGAGCGAUCCCGUUACACCUCCUGGGCUGCUCACACCAUUAAUAGGAGCGGGUGCAAACGGCUGCCAAAGCACCUGCUCCGCGUCCCUGCCGGCAUCAGCAUGGAGAGCCCGGCUGCCCCAGAUCAUCUUCCCAGCUAAGCCCGGCCCUCAGUGAGACUCGCCGGGGCUGCCGCAGGGUCUGAACCCCCAGAAAGCAGCUCCUGGACUCGUCCUGGCUGCAGCCCCUGGGGCUAGGACCAGCCCUUGGGCUUUGCAGCAUCCCCACGGGGCUGACAGGGGCACGGCUGGAGGCUGGCACACACCGGCCCCGUCCCACAGCCCGUGUGGGGACCUGGGUUAGCGCUGAGCCCUUGUACGUCGCGGAUGGGGGGGGGCACAGAAAACGCAGAAACAUAACCAGGGACAAGCUCUUUUCUUGUUUUUUUUUUUUAAAACAUUCGAUUUAAUACCUUAUUAAAAAUGAAAAUAGUUUAUUUUAACCUCUAUUGAUUUAGCAAAUACUUAAACCUGCCGUGGGUUGGGGCUGUGAACGUCUCCUGUAGUUGCUACAGCGCUGCGUGAUAUUGCACUUGUGUUUCGUUCCUAAAAGCGACUCUGUGAAGGCAAGGCCCGAAGGGAUCCCCGGGUGACGGGCUCUCCAGCCCAGUUUUGUUACCAGCAAGCUUCGCGCCACCCUGCAGCGAUGGCACCGGGGCCCGGCGAGGUUGGGGUGGUCAUUCCCCUGACGUCCCUCUGACGACGGCUGCAGCCUGGCUUCAUUAACCCAGAAUACACUUCUCUCUUGAUUUGCUUUUUGAAUAAAACCAUUAACUGAA